UUGGGCUCGCAUGCUGUGAGGAGCAGUGCACCUAGUGAGCACGCACGCUCUUCAGUCCAGUCGUGUGCCACGCUCCCUUAUCCAGCUUCUGGCUGGAUGCGUCGUGAUGUGCUGUGUCUUCUGCCGUCCGAGAUGCCUGGCGCCUGCUCGUAGAGGCUUUUGAAGGAGUCGCUGAAGUGGUGAAGCACAGAGGCAGCUGCAUAAUGCUGCAUUAAAUGGGACCUGAAGAUGGGUUCCCAGGAAGCCCAAGUUGAACUACCAGCCAUGUGCCUUCCACAUCUGACGGUGAAGGUCUAGACAGCGUAUGGGCAUGGGGUGCCAACGUCAGCCUGGCCUUUCCAGCAGAAGCAGCCUGUGGAUGUGAGGAUACAGAUGUGCUGCUCGGCCACCAGCUGCUAGCCUGGCAACCUUUAGCUCUUUGCACAGAAGCCUGACCAAGACGCCACAGAAAGUACCCUGGGCACCCAGUUCUGACCAAACUUGGCAGAGAUUGACCUGAAUGCCCCGUCUUCCACCUUUGUAACUGGCCAGCCUCUCUCCUGAAAACUUGUAGGCUGACAUCAAAGUUGCUGCUCCGACUGGACAGAGCUAAUACAUCGUGAAUGAUGUGUUAUUUCUGUGACAUGAACACUGCUCCCUGUGUAUUUAUCAAAUGGUAAUUACCUCUGCCUUCACAGGUUACUAUGUGGGCAAGCUGUUGUAACUGGUUUUGUCUGGAUGGCUCACCGGAGGAGAUGCAGCCCCAGCCGCAGCAGGGAGCCCGAGCCCAAGCCUACUCCAACCCCGGUUACAGCUCCUACCCGUCUCCCACGGCGUCUGAGCAGAGCUGCAAGGCGUGUGGGGUGCACUUUGACAAUCCUGCCAGGAAGCACGUUUGCUUGGACUGUAGAAAGACUUUUUGUGUAUCCUGCUCAAGUCAGCCUGAAAGUGGUCCCCUUCUCUGCCAUCUAUGUCAGCGUUUCCGAGCCACAGCUUUUCAGCGGGAAGAGUUGAUAAAGAUGAAGGUGAAGGAUCUGCGAGAUUAUUUGGCACUCCGUGACAUUUCCACAGAAUUGUGUCGUGAAAAGGAGGACCUGGUAUUUCUGAUUCUGGGCCACCAGCCUGUAAUUACCCAGGAAGAUCAGAUACAAACACCUUCUUUAAAUAGUAGUGCCUCUGGACAGCAAGACUUUGUGAUUCUUCCACCAACCAGCAUAGCAUCUUCUACCUCACGUGAUGCACCUCCAGUGUCUGCAGAUCCCAUCUCAAGUUCGUUAGCUCAGGAACAUCCACAGUCUAUUGACUCAGAAGAUAACCUGGCACAGGGGCGGAGGGCUUCUCUUUCUGAUCUGACAAGCAUUGGAGAUAUCGAUGCACUCACUGUGCGACAGCUGAAGGAAAUUCUUGCUCGCAACUUUGUCAACUACAAAGGCUGCUGUGAGAAGUGGGAGCUGCUGGAGCGGGUGACUCGCCUUUAUAAAGAGAAAGACCUUCAACAUCUAGUUUCUGACACUGAUGAUCAAACUGGUGGUGCUGGGCUCCCUGGCACGGAGGAGAACCUCUGCAAAAUCUGCAUGGACUCACCAAUUGACUGUGUCCUGCUAGAAUGUGGCCACAUGGUCACUUGCACCAAGUGUGGAAAGCGGAUGAGUGAGUGUCCCAUAUGCAGGCAGUAUGUGAUACGAGCUGUCCAUGUCUUUAAGUCGUAAGUGUCUAUAAGGAAGACUGGUGUUGCCUUAAAGCCUCAUCUGUUGUUAGAGAAAUGGUCAAAAUCGCUACAGAUAGUUAGGUCGGAGAUUAGCAUAUGGACCUCAUAGGGAGCUGAAAGUUAUUAGGCAAGGUGAGGAAAGGAUGAAGCUUGGAGACUUGCUCUUAUUCCAGCCAUGCUUGGCUAUGCCCUUCCCACUAUAGUGCUUUACACCACAGUGCCUAGACUUCCUGGAGCUUAUUGGCAGCAGCAGAGGCAGAAAUAAUUAACAACGUACGUUCUAGAAUAACUUGAUCCCCUCGUGCUGGGGACAGAUAAAUGCUUGGCUUUCCAGCACAAAGAUCAGAUUCUGAGGCUUCUUAUUUCCUCUGGAUAAUAAACAAGGUGGACUGGGGUCUCAAUAAGUGACAUUUUCUUUUGUUUUGCUGCUACUGAAUUCUGAUUCUGCUUCCCUCAUGUUAUGUUUAGGCCACACACCCACUGAUAACUUGAUUAUCAAAGAAUAAAAUUUUGUUGGGCUGGCUUGUUUUGGGUUUGCUUUUUCUUUCUGUAAUUUAAUUUGAACUACUUAUGCUUGUCGGACAGGCAGACUGCCUCUGUUUUCCAUAUUCAGAAGAAGUUUAAUUCUAGCCUACUGGUAUUUUGGAGAAAUGUAUCAUUUUAUUUGAAGACAGGCUUUGUACUAUUGACAAAUGGAAAGGGAGUAAGAGAUUCUGUAAAACAUACAGCCUUACCUUAUGUGGUGGCUUUUUGUUUGUUUAUACGCCAGCAAGAGUCGGAUUCCUAGUUUACUGUUGUUGGUUCCUUUAACUGGAUAGUAUGUACCUGUAAUUAUGUAGAAGCUGAUCUGACUUCAGGUGAUUAAGGAGCUGAGAAUCUAAGGCUUGAGUCUUUUAGAGGGCUUAGUGAGGAAAACGUACAGCCAUGGAGUAAGAAAUCUGUUGCUACAAUGAUAUUGAAGUACAGGUGAUUUUUUUAGAGUGGAGAGUCAAAGCUAGAUACUUGAAAGAGAGCAGAGGCCAAACUUUCACUUCUUACUCAGCUUAUUGAUUCAAGGGAGCUAAUGAUCAUCACUGCAGAGGCUUCUGUUUACUAAUUAGCUUCCCUCUUAUUCUCUUUGCUCAGUUUUACAGUCCUGUUACGUUAAGACUGCUUAUCAAAAGCAAUUUAUUUUGUGCUUGUGAGGGCAGAUCAGAGAUUCUCUGGUCUGGUACAUGACAAUCGCAAACUCAUACAGCUGCUCCUUGAACAGCAUGUUAAUUUGCAAGCCUUGCAAGAGCCAAAUUAUAACUAACUGACAUAUUUUCUCUCAGUGGCCUGCACGUAUGCAGUCUGUUUGGCGGGUAACACACUGUUAAGUUUCAGAAUCUUGCUGCCUUAAGUUUUCAGCCACCAUGGGAUUGUAUACUCAUCUCAAGUCCUCAGUGAAGCUGAGUAAAACUUCUGCUGCAGGUUUUUUCUUGCCUAGCUUUCCCCCUUAUGGGGUCAUGAUCGCUUAGUGUUCAAAGUGAAUCUCUGCAUGUGGUAUCAGGGGAGGAACAGCAUAAAUAGAAGUGUCCAUUUCUAGCUGUUGCAGUAAUGGAAGCGUAAUUACAGAAAUGAUCACUAAAGCCAUCUGCUUCUGCAAUAAGUGGUAACGUAAGUUAACAGCAAAUUGAGCUUUUGUAGUCUUUAAUGUGCGACUCCUCAACUGGCAUGAAGUAGAUGAUCUCUACUCUGCAAGUGGGAAUAAAAAAAGCACUUGAGAUGAACACAUCUGUCACUCAGUACUUAGAACCUCUGCAAUACUGAGGUGUCUCUGAAAUCCAUACAGAACGGACAACUGAUGAGGUUUAUUGAACUAAAAAUUCUGAGUUUUACCUCUUUUCCCCAAUUCAGGUUGUUCUUUAAGUUUCGGCUUAAGGUUUAACAGCUUCCAGCACGAGCAGAGUACUGAUACCAUUCAAUGCAUCAUGUUAAAAAAUAUAAUUUUGCAUGUAAGCAAUCACUGUCUUUACUCUUCAAGAACUUCACAGGAAUCUCUUAAGAGGCACAGGAAUACACUUACAAAGCUUGGAACAGCCUCAUCCGUAAAUUCACUGUGAGAAUGCACGGCGUCAUACUUUUCAAUAAACUCAGGACUCGGGGUGGGGGAUUAUUCCCCUGUGGACAGAUCUACUUGUAGAGGGUAGGCGUAGUUUCUACACCAGAUAAACAAGUUGCAGAUCCACGUCUGAAAUUUUAGGACUAAGAUGCGUACAGCUAUCAUGAGUCUGAAAUGUGCUUUCCAGGAAGGAUUUUUUUUUUUGCUGGCUAUGUAUGUUUCCCUUGCAAAAAUGGAUUCUCUACUAUGGCUAUGAUUAAAUUAUUUUUAAAUUAAAAAUAAAAAAAAAAUCUGGAGGAAACUGAUUUAUAAUCCAAAGGAAUAUACUGAUCUGAACUAAUAAAGUGAAUGGAAAUAUUUGUGCUUUAUGUACACUGUACAUAGUUUAUUUUAAAAAUUAAUAUUUUAUUUGAGAUGGCAUGUUACUCUAUUAAAUCCUCUUGGUACUAUGGUUAAACUUACUAGUUUUGGUACGUAAGUUUGGUUUAUAAUUUUAUAAUAAAGUUGAAACGUGAUUUAGUUAA